AUAAGAACUCUGGUUGAUGUUGCUUUUCUCUCUCUACCAAGAGCCAGAGCUCCAUUAUUGAGAAGCCAAGGGAGAUGAGGAAGCCAUCUUCAUCAAUGGCGAACCCCAUCCUCCUCCUUCUCCAUUUCACUGCUUCUCUAAUGGCUCUUCUAUCACCAUCCUCAUCUCUGGCGGCCCAGCUUUCAUCAUCUUCCUCAUUCGACGAAAACUUCAGCAAAAGCUGCCCAGAGACCAACUUCAAAACCUCUGAAGAUGGCCAGAUCUGGUUUCUCUCCUUGGACAAAAGUGCAGGUUGUGGGUUUGCUACAAAGCAUAAGUACAGAUUUGGUUGGUUCAGCAUGAAGAUGAAGUUGGUGGGAGGUGACUCUGCUGGUGUUGUCACUGCUUUUUAUAUGUGCUCCGAGUACAAUGAUAAAGGGGAAGGAUGGGGGAGUAGAGACGAGCUAGAUUUCGAGUUCUUGGGGAACAGGACAGGGCAACCUUACAUUAUUCAGACCAAUGUGUACCAGAAUGGCACCGGCGGUCGUGAAAUGCGCCAUGUUCUCUGGUUCGACCCUACCAUGGACUUCCAUACUUACUCCAUUCGCUGGAACCCUCACAUGAUUGUGUUCUAUGUGGAUAGAGUUCCCAUAAGAGUGUACAAAAAUGCAAACUACACAAACAACUUCUUCCCCAUAGAGAAGCCAAUGUACUUGUUCUCAAGCAUAUGGGACGCGGACGACUGGGCGACAAGGGGCGGUUUGGAGAAAACCGACUGGAGAAACGCGCCGUUCGUGUCCACGUACAAAGACUUCAAUGUGGACGCCUGCCAGUGGGAGGAUCCCUACCCGGCGUGCGUAUCCACCACGACCCAGCACUGGUGGGACCAGUACCCGGCGUGGCACCUCUCGCCGGACGAGCAACUCGACUACGCUUGGGUCCUUCGGAACCUUGUGAUCUAUGAUUAUUGCCCGGACACCGACCGGUAUCCGACCAAGCCCGGGGAGUGCUGGCUCAGUCCGUGGGACUGAUUGAUUCAUCACACUGGAUUAUCCGAAUGAUUUUUUCAUGUUUUUACAUUACAUACGAAGUCUUCGUGAGGACAUUAUUGAAUUGAGUGUACAAUAUAUAUAAUUUUGUUUCAAGAAAUAAUUAAGGUCCUUUUUGGUACAUGGAAUUCAAACUAUGGAAUUGGAAUUGAAGACUUCAAUUCCAAUUCUGGUGUUUGGUAGCACAAAAAUUAUGUGAAUUUGGAAUUGAUAGUGCAAAAAAUGAUUUGAAAUUGACAGAAUUCAUUUCUAUGGAAUUAAAUCCCAUGUAAUUUCAAUUCCAAUUCCACCAAUUUUUUAUACCAAACGGACUCUAAGGUUAAUUUAUUCGAAAGAAAAGAAUUAUUGUGUG